AAGGGUAUAAAACGUGGUUGCUGAACGUCGAUUCAAUGACAAAGCUCAAAGAGCUCCGCAGUUUGAGACACAGCAUUUGCAUUUCUCCGGUAAAUAUUCGUAUCGUUGAAGAUGCAACAAUUGACUUGGAUAACUGUCGUUAUUUCAUUCUGCAGUGCCCAGAUGACCAUGGCCAGUUCAAACUUGAAUUCAAAUUCAACUGAAUUCAAAGCAACUCCUAUUCUAUUCAGAUCUGCUUUCAACGAUCGACCUCGAUUAGCUUCCCGGCAAGAAAAUGUUGCAGCUAAUACCGAAAAGCCUAGCACCAAAAUUCAUCAAAUCGAAAUGGUCGAAGAGAAAGUGGAGGAAAUCCCUGAGAAAACGAACGGUAGUGAAGAAAAUGACGAGGAAAAUGGCAACGAAAGUCGUUACAAAAAGAAUGCAACACAAGAAAAGGAUAGUGACGAAAGUGAUAGCGAUGAGAGCGACAGUGACGAGAACGACGUGCUGAUUAACGGCGUCGAGAAAGUUGACGAGCGUCCAACCAAGCCAAGCCGUUGGCAUCCAACUCGUUUCGGUAGCUCAUUUCGGCUACAAGCUGUGCGCCGGCCAAUUGAUUAUCGUCAUCCCAACUGACGUGGCAAGCCAACCUAUUGCGAAAUUGAUUGAUGCUGAUCGGAUAUUAAAAUCAAUUAUUUAUUUGACCGAGUUAUAAUUUAGAAAACAUUAGAGGUGUAAUACACAAUUUAGAGAUCUUAUACGAUACAACCAGAUGCUGUUUUUCUUUGACAUCUGUUACAGCACCGGAGAGAAAUUUUGUUGUUAUUGUACCUGUCUUUUCACAGACAGGUAUUGAAGAGUGACUUGUACGUAGUUUAUAGCUUGUUAUCAAGCCAAACUGAGGCUCAAUAAAAUUUCUAAACGUCCUCCUUA